AUGCUCCUGCGGGCUCUCCAGCGCUCCCUGCGGCCCCUCGCCGCCCUGCCCACAACCCCCGCCCUCGCCCCCACCACCACUACCACCACCCGCACCCUCCUCCGGGGCCUCACCACCACCCCCCACCUCCACAACCUCUCCCAAACCCCCCUCACCCCCACCCCCACCCCACCAAUCCCGCAGCAAACCGGCACCCUCAACAUCACCGCCGCCGCCGCCACCACCCCACACCCCACCCUCGCCCUCCUCACGGCCCUCAAGGCCCAGCCGUCACAAUACAUCACCAUCCACAUCCACAAGUUCCCCUUCCUCGUGACCGUAGGGGACCUCGUGCGGCUGCCGUUCCGCCUCAAGGACGCGGCGGUGGGGGAUUCGCUGCGCAUUACCCACGCGAGCGUGCUGGGGUCGCGCGACUACACGCUGAAGGGGUCGCCGUACAUUGAUCCGGCGCUGUUUGAGUGCCGCGCGAGGGUGGUCGAGGAGACGAGCGAGCCCAUGAGGGUCAAGGAGAAGACGAAGAGAAGGAAUCGCAGGAUCAAGAAGGUGAAGAGUAAGCAUCGGUAUACGGUGCUGAGGAUUAGUGAGUUGGUCGUGAAGAACGCGCCGGUGGUGGCUGCGGCGGCUGCGGCGGCGGCGGCGGGGGGGGAGGUGUAG